AUGGAUAGUGACCUACAAACACCCGCCCAAUUUCUGAGAGUCAGGCAAAGGCAAGUAGUUCAUCUGAUUUGCUUGUUGUUGGCCAUUCUGACACAUCGUGCCGUUGCCAACACAAAUCGUCCCAAAUUACCUUCUAGGAAACUUAUUUUAAAACGGCGACGUAUACGUGAACAAUUGCUACACGACCUUUCAAACGGUGGUCAAUGUCGUGAACUUAUCCGUAUGAGUGAGCAGGCUUUUAAGAAAUUGUACACUAUCUUACAACUAGUUGGUGGUCUUCGAGCUACUCAACGCAUGUCCGUUGAAGAACAUGUUGCAAGAUUUUUGCACAUUGUCGGCAAUGAUUUUAGAAAUCGAUUUGUCUCUUGGCUAUAUCGUCGCUCUAAGUCAAGUACAAGUAGGUGCUUCCACAGAGUUCUCCGAGCAAUUAUAUCACUGGAAAGUCAUUAUAUUCAACAACCAAAAGGUGAUGUUGUACAAAAAGAAAUUCAAGAAAAAAAACGAUUUUAUCCUUACUUCAAGAACUGUGUCAAAAUGAUGAAGGAAGAACAAGUUACAAAGAAAGAACAACUUAAAUGGACAGAUUGGAUGGAUUAUUGUUUUAUUCAAUCUAUGAUGACACAAGAUGAGAAAGGAUUAAGGAUUAGUGGGAGCUUCAUCCCACAAGCGUACAACAACAUGGUGGAGGAGCUUAAUCAAAAGUUUGGGAAGACGUUAACAAAAAAUCAUUUAAAGAAUCGUUUGAAAACUUUAAAAUCAGGUUUCUCGCAGUGGUAUGACAUGUUCCGCGGAACUUCAUUGAGUGGGUUCGGUUGGAAUUCUGAAACACAACUAAUUGAAGGGGACGAGGAAGUGUGGGCCAACUUAAUUAAUUCAAAGCCAGAUGCAAUUUCAUUGAAGACCAAAAAAAUACCAAACUACAAUGAAAUGAUAGCUUUGUUUGCGAAAGACAGGGCUUCAGGGGUACAUGCUGAAACCCCGAAAGAGAAGAAUGCUCGAUUGAAAAGGACUGGGGAUAUCAAAGUAGAAACAAUUGAAGAAGUGGAUCAGUUACUAGCAAGCAAUGACAUAACACUUGAGAAACAACAAACAAAUAAUGAAGAUUAUGAUGAUGAUGAUGGUCUUGAUGAUAUUCAAGUGUUAUCUCCUACAUGCUUUUCACCGGUGCAAAAUUCAAGUUCUAAGAAGUACAAAAGUAAAAAAAGGAAACAUGAAAUUGAAGUUGAAGAUGAACUUGAAGCUGAACCUGAAUCAUUUGAAAAGGUUAUUAUGAGUGCAGUUAAAGACGUGGCUUUUGCUAUGAGGGAGGGUAACAAAAUCUUCGAAAACUCUCAUCAUCGGGUUUAUACUGGUGAUGAAAUUUAUAAAGAGUUAGAGCCAAUGGAUUUGGAACCCGAUGAAUUAGCGGAAGCUCUCAUGUUUUUGUCACGAAAUCAAUCUGAUGCCGGGACAUUAUUUAGAGUUCCAUUUAAAAUACGAAAAAGUUUGCUGAAAAAAAUGAUGGAGGCAAGUAAAUGA